AUGCACAACCGCGCCGCUUUCCUCGCCUGGGCGGCGACGACGGGCCUGAUGACAGCGGCACAAGCUGCCUGCCCGUUCGCUGACCCGGCUGCCUUACUGCAGACGCGCGACACCGAUGCCACGACCGACAAGUUCCUGGAGCAGUAUGUGAUCGACGACAGCAGCGGGUACAUGACAUCGGAUGUGGGCGGACCGAUCGAGGAGCAGUUCAGCCUGAAAGCCGGGGUGAGAGGGUCGACGCUGCUGGAGGACUUUAUUUUCCGGCAGAAGAUCCAGCACUUUGACCAUGAGCGGGUUCCCGAGAGAGCCGUCCACGCGAGAGGUGCCGGUGCGCAUGGCACGUUUACCAGCUAUGCCGACUGGAGCAACAUUACUGCAGCAUCAUUCUUGAACGCUGCUGGGAAGCAGACGCCAGUGUUUGUUCGGUUUUCUACCGUCGCUGGCUCCAGGGGUAGCGCCGAUACCGUAAGAGAUGUCCAUGGUUUCGCUAUUCGAUUCUACACCGAUGAGGGCAACUUUGAUAUCGUCGGCAACAAUAUCCCGGUCUUCUUCAUCCAGGAUGCUAUCCGAUUCCCUGACUUAAUCCAUGCUGUCAAGCCUAGCCCAGACAGUGAGAUCCCCCAGGCAGCUACGGCCCAUGACUCCGCGUGGGACUUCUUCAGCUCUCAGCCCAGCACUCUUCACACCUUGUUCUGGGCCAUGGCUGGCUAUGGCAUCCCACGUAGCUACAGGCAUAUGGACGGCCACGGGGUACACACCUUCCGAUUCGUCAAGGACGAUGGCUCCUCCAAGUUCGUCAAGUUCCACUUCAAGACUCUGCAGGGCAAGGCCAGCCUGGUGUGGGAAGAGGCUCAGGUGCUGUCGGGUAAGAACGCAGAUUUCCAUCGUCAAGACCUUUGGGAUGCGAUCGAGUCCGGCAACCCUCCAUCUUGGGAGCUCGCCGUGCAAAUAUUCGACGAGGACAAGGCACUUUCCUUCGGCUUCGACGUGCUCGACCCAACCAAGAUCAUUCCCGAGGAGCUCGUGCCCCUGACCAAGCUGGGGGUCUUCACUUUGAACCGCAACCCAACCAACUACUUUGCUGAGACAGAGCAAGUCAUGUUCCAGCCUGGCCAUGUGGUCCGUGGCAUUGACUUCUCGGAGGACCCUCUGCUGCAAGGCCGGUUGUUCUCGUACCUAGAUACGCAGCUCAACCGUCAUGGCGGCCCAAACUUUGAGCAGUUGCCCAUCAACAUGCCGCGUGUGCCUAUCCACAACAACAACCGUGAUGGCGCGGGCCAGGGCUUCAUCCACAAGAACAAGUAUCCUUAUACGCCCAACACCCUAAACAAGGGUUACCCCAAGCAGGCUACGCAGUCCGAAGGCCGCGGCUUCUUCACGGCCAAGAGCCGUACCAUCUCUGGCAACCUGGUUCGUGCGCUCUCUUCGACCUUCGACGACCACUGGUCGCAGCCGCGUCUCUUCUACAACUCCCUCAUCCCCGUCGAAAAGCAGCAGCUCAUCAACGCCAUCCGCUUCGAGACAAGCCUGCUCAAGUCGACUGAGGUCAAGAAGAACGUCCUGGCGCAGCUCAACAUGGUGAGCCACGAGAUCGCCGAGCGCGUGGCCAGCUUCCUGGGUCUGGAGGUGCCCACCGCCGACCCGACCUACUAUCAUAACAAUGUCACGAUGGGUAUCUCCAUCUUCAACAACACCCUGCCGACCAUCAAGACACUGCGGGUUGGUAUCUUGACGAGCAUUAAGACGCAGGAUGCGCUGAAGCAGGCUAAGGACCUGAAGAAGCGGCUUGAAAAGGACGGAUUGGUUGUCAGCAUCAUUGCCGAGAGUUUUGCUGAUGGCGUAGACGUUACGUAUUCUGCGGCUGAUGCGACCGUUUUUGAUGGAGUCAUUGUUGUGGAGGGUGACGGGCUGUUCGACUCGGCAACGGUCUCGUCGCCGCUGUUCCCAGCCGGCAGACCAGGACAGGUGCUGCUGGAUGCGUAUCGGUGGGGCAAACCCGUGGGUGGAUUGGGCAACAAAGUUGAGAAGGCGUUCAAGAGCGUGGGGGUGCCGACGUCCAGGAAGGGAGUGUACGUUGAAAAGAACUCUGAGGGAGUGGAUUCGCUGGUGAGCAAGUUCAAGGAGGGGCUAGCCACGUUCCGGUUUGUGGAUCGCUUCCCGCUGGAUCAGUGA